AUAAAGCCAAGAACAGACCGGCCACCAUGCGUACCAUGAUCUGUAUAAUCGCGUUGUGCGUCGCAGCCUCUGGGUCAGCUCAAAUAAUCGAAGAGCGAUCCUCGAUCCGGAAUCCCGAUGGUUCAAUGACGCACAACAGGAAGAGCUCCUUUUCCCAGGCUUCGUUCUCCGAAGCAGCCACGGCUCCCGACGGAACCACGGUCGGGCGGAGCGUACACAGAGACUCGACGGGCAAGAUCACAGGCAACGAAUGGACAGCGAAGAACGGCCAAAAGAUUGAAACGAAGCCGAUCGAUGGAUCUGAUGUUGGAGCACGAAGCGUUCUCGGCGGUUUCGGCGGUCUCGGUGGACUCGGCGGACUCGGCGGUCUUGGGUCCAACUUCGGCAACACCGGAUUCGGCAGCGGCUUCGGAAGCGGUGUUGGACAAGGAGUCGGAGGCAUUGGAGGUCCUGGCUUCGGGGGCGGAUAUGGAGGAUUCCCCACUGGAGGCCUUCCAUGGGCGAAUUUCGGCAACUUCGACGGACAGUACGGACCGAGUUCCGUGAACCCGAGUUUCGGUCAAAUGCCCCAAUUCCACCUCGGUCAGUUCGGCUUCCAGCAACCUUUUUCGGUGCCGAACUAUUCGAAGUUCCUCUUGGGCGGAGUUGGAUUCAACCCCAACAUCGCAAACGAUGGUCAUUUCGCCAACGUUGUGCCUGGAUUCGGUCUCGGCACCGGCUUCGACGGCGUAGGGAGUGGCUUCAGUGGAGGAUUCGGGAACCCCGGAUUCGGUCAGCGGUCCUACAAGCACGAGGUCGAUCCCGCGUCUGGAAGACAGACCUACAGUUUCUCCGAGAGAACUGGUCACUCCUCGGCUUCGUCUACGGAACAGUAAUCUGUGAUAUUACCACAAAGAGCCCAUGAACAGACUUGUUGAGAAUAAAAAAAACACUAUGACUGUGAUCCUGA